AUGAGUGCCCCACCUGGAAUUAAUGAAGGACAGUCAACUACUAGACCACCUCUGUUCAACAGAAAAUACUACAGUUGGUGGAAGACAAGAAUGGAAGAUUUCUUAACGGCUGAAGACUAUGAACUAUGCACAAUAGUGAAUCGAGGACCACUAACGCCAACCAAAAAAAUGAAGCAAAAUGAAACUGCUCCUAAAGACCCCUCUGAAUUCGUGGCAUCAGAUUUCAGAAUGAUGGAGAAGAAUGCAAAGGCCAAGAAGAUUCUCAUCUGUGGACUUGGUCCUGAUGAGUACAACAGGAUAUUUGCAUGCUCUAAUGCAAAGGAGAUUUGGGAUGCACUUCAAACGGCUCAUAAAGGAACAAAUCAAUUGGGAAGGUUCAUUUCUGAAGAAUUAGUUAGCAAUGUUCUAAGGAUUCUCCUAGCUUCAUGGGAAUCAAAGGUCAUAGCCAUCCAGGAAGCAAAGGAGAUGGAUAAGAUUUCACAGGACGAGUUGAUUGGAAACUUAAAGACCCAUGAGAUGAGAAAGCUGGAAUUGUGCAAGGAGGAGCUAGAGAGAGAUAAGGCCUUGUUCUUAGUGUACCUGAAGAAGAUAAAUAUGGCAAUGAUGAACUCGACCUAG